AUGACCACUCAAAUGUCGCAGACAGCGACUCCACCAGCUACCGUGCCCGAGUCGACAACUCCAAAGAUCCAUCUCCGCGUCCUCAUCAUCUCUGGGAAAUACCACAUCUUUUCGUUCGACCCGGAGACGACUGUUGGCCGCGCCAAAGAGCUCAUCUGGAGCAUGUGGCCUUCUGAGUGGACCGAACCCGCCCAGCCCCCAGCCCCGUCGUGGAUGAAAGUCCUCUACUCUGGUCGUGUGUUGGCCGAUGACUCCACGCUACUUUCCAACAACAUCCCCAUCUCGAGCUCCAAUAACAACCCCACUGUCGUUCAUCUCAGUGUACGCUCGUUCAGCGUAGACGAGACAGAAGACGACAAGAAGCACGGCGCCAUCAAGCGCACGACCACGCGCUCGUCCAACCGCCCAGCACACGCAGAGGAGGAGGUCGGUGGCUGCAAGUGCGUCAUUCAGUAA